UGCGUCAUCAGUGUGCGCCAGAGAGACACAGAGCAAAGGGGGACUGAGGCUGGGAAUAGAGGAAAGCAAUGGUGGGAUGGGUUUGAAUUUCAGUCCAGGCAGGAAGGGGGGAUUGUGUGGGGCCCGGAUUUGCAACCCUGGAGGAACAGGAAAGCAAAAAGAAAUGGGUCCUCCAGAAAGUGUCUACUUGGUGACCUCCCUGACAUGGUGACCUCCCUGACAUUGGUGACCUCCCUGACAUGGUGACCUCCCUGACAUUGGUGACCUCCCUGACAUUGGUGACCUCCUCCCUGACAUUGGUGACUUCCCUGACAUUGGUGACCUCCCUGACAUGGUGACCUCCCUGACAUUGGUGACCUCCCUGACAUUGGUGACCUCCCUGACAUUGGUGACCUCCCUGUGCAGUGUGUUAGAAGAGAGGGUUUAAAAGGCGCAUGAGUCCAGCCCAAACCAUACACCAGCGUCUGGUUGAGGUUAAUUGGGAUCUGAACACCCCAGAAUCUGAAUGUGGAAGGAGAGACGUUUGUGGGGAAACCAGAGAAGCGCUGAGGUGCGCAGCCGAGGAGGUAGAGCUUUUACUAGUUGCGCAGCUUGGAAUAACUGCCUGGGUUUGCAGUGAUGAGGGAGUACCUAUGUGUACUGUGCGUGGACAACUGAUUAUCCAGCUGGGAGAGCAAGAUGGAGAAACCGUGGAAAUGUGGAGACUGUGGGAAGGGCUUCAGUUACCCCUCUCAACUGGAUAUUCAUCGUCGCAGACACACUGGAGAGAGGCCAUUCACUUGCACGCAGUGUGGGAAGAGGUUCGCUUAUUCAUCCAGCCUGUACUUACACCAGAGGGUACAUGCUCGCAAGAAGCCGUUUGCCAACCUUGGUGGUCGGGAACAGUUUGCUUCAUCAAACCUGAUGGGCCGGGUUUGUUCUGAUCAGAGGCCUUUUAAAUGUUCUGACUGUGAGAAGGGCUUUAAAAGCAAACAGGAGCUGCUGAGACACCAGCGCACGCACACGGGCGUGAGACCUUACACUUGCACCAUUUGUGGAAAAGGAUUUGCUCAGUCAUCCUACCUGCUGACACACCAGCUUGUUCACACUGAUGAGAGACCUUUCCCAUGUUUGGACUGUGGCAAGCAUUUUAAAAGUAAAAAUGACUUGCAGUUCCAUCAACGCAUUCACACUGGGGAGAGGCCGUUCUCCUGCUCCCUGUGCGAGAGGAGAUUCCGGCGUUUAUCCCAAAUGCAGACGCACCAGCGAGUUCACACUGAGAAAAGACCUUUCAAAUGUUCCAACUGUGACAAGAGCUUUAAAAGCAAGCAGGAUCUGUUGACACACCAGCGGGUUCACACUGGGGAGAGGCCAUUCACCUGUUCUGUGUGCGGAAAGCGGUUCACCCGAUCGUCCAAUCGUCUGAGACACCAGCGCGUCCACACCGGGGAGAAGCCGUUCGCGUGCUGCGUGUGCGGGAAGGGGUUCACUGAUUCUCCGCAGCUUCUGAUCCACCAGCGCAUUCACACCGGGGAGAGACCGUUCACUUGCUCUACGUGUGGGAAGGGUUUCACUCAGCCGUCCCAGCUCACUGAACAUCAGCACGUCCACACUGACCAGCGGCCCUUCAAAUGCCCCGACUGCAAGAAGAGCUUUAAGAGCAGGAAGUAUCUGCUGAUGCACCGGCAGGUUCACACUGGGGCGAGACCUUUUACCUGCCUGGUGUGUGGGAAGAGGUUCACUCAGUCGUCCCACCUGCUGAGACACCAGCAGCUUCACACUGGGGAGAGGCCGUUCACUUGCUCUCGAUGCGGGAGGGGAUUUGCUCGGUUAUCCAACUUGCUGAGACACCAGAGAGUUCGCAAGUGUGUACUGAGAGGGGAUUCUGUUGUCAGUCCUGUCCAGGAUUGACAACGCCCAUUUGGACAGUUGAGCCUGCCUUAACCGCUGUAAAUCUUCAUUGUAACUGGUCUGGUGCUUAACGUGCUGGGUAAAGUUCAAAUAAAUGUUGGGGAAUCUGUUUGACCGGCCUGUGUGUGAAUGAAAGGCUGCGCAGGCUUGCAGGGGGCGUUGAACAGCCUACUCCAAUUUCCAUGCCUUAAGAACCA